UGCAGUUAAGCAAACAGAUUCUGGCUAAUAAAAGCUUCUAACAAAUUGCUUUGGAUUUGGCCUUUCACCACAUUCUCUGUUUGCUCAUUCUCCUCUCUAUCUCUGCUUUUUCCAUGCAGCAUUCAUAUUAGUUCCUUCCAUCUCAUAAUUUCGCUCAUGGGAGAUCAUCAUCGUUCGAUGUCGACAGAUCUUUAUGGCAUUCUUGGCAUGUCAAAAGCUUCAUCAAUUAAAGAUAUGUCAUGUAAGGCAUACAAAUCUCUUGUCAAUAUAUGGUAUCCUUAUCAUAGAAGUCAUCCAAACAAAACCGAAGAGGAAGGCGAUUUUAAAGAUAUUGAUGAGGCUUGCAAGACGAUCAAUGGCAAGAUGCAGGCAGAGAAAUAUAGAAGUAGCGGUAAACCUUCAAAAAGAGAGAAUCAUAAUCAUCUAAGCGUGGAUGAUAUCUUCUUUUCUCGCCAAUCUUCUUUUCUUUCCAAGUGUUCAAGUAGAAGGAGCCACACACCUUCACCUAGACCAACCUACUUGUCAAAGAGUUCAAGCCGGACGAGCAGCCCUUCUAAGAACUUGAAUUUCUCUUUCUCGAGACGCCGAAGGAGCAAAGCGGAAGAUGAAAGAUUAGCCUCCAAUGUGUCAAGAAGCGUCAGCAGUCGAAACUCACCGUCCCCUCUUUCAAGAAGCCUGAGUAGAAGCUGCACAUCAGAAACUGAAACAUCUAACGUUCCCAGAAGUACAAGCAGGAGGAGUACCACUCCUAUUAUAUUCUCUCAAUCCACUGCCCGGAGAAAACCUCCCCCAGUUGAAAAAAUGCUUGAGUGCACCUUGGAGGAACUUUGCCAUGGAGGGUUAAAAAAGAUCAAGAUCGUCAGAGAUGUCAUCUCGGAUGAAGGAAUAAUUGUCCAAGAAGAGGAGACACUAACAAUAAAUCUACAACCAGGAUGGAAAAAAGGAACAAAAGUUACAUUUGAGGGAAAAGGCGACGAGAAACCAGGCUAUCUUCCAGCAGAUAUCAUUUUCUUGAUACAAGAAAAAAGGCAUCCUUUGUUUAGGAGGCAAGGCGACGAUUUGGAGAUUGUUGUUGAGAUCCCUUUGGUAAAGGCUCUAACAGGUUGCUCCCUUUCAGUUCCUCUGCUAGGAGGGGAAACAAUGAGCAUACAUAUUAGUGAUAUCAUAUAUCCAGGAUAUGAAAAGGUCAUUCAGGGCCAAGGCAUGCCCAAUUCCAAAGGAGGAAAGCGAGGUGACUUGAGAAUCACGUUUCUUGUCAACUUUCCCACUGAAUUGACGGAUCAACAACGCUCUGAAGCAUGUAAUAUAUUGGAAGAUUGUUCUUGAAUGAUAAUUAGAUAAUCCCCUCCUUAUGCAUUGUAAUCGUUUACAGGAUGCAAAAGUACUGUUCUCUUAAAUGUGACACUUCUUGUGUGAUUGAUGACUAACAUUCCAAGUGAAAUGCGCAAAUAUGAGUAAACCAUGAGAAGAAAGAAAAAAUGCACUUUUAAGUUCUGAAGUUAUAUCUGUAUGAUUUCUGUCAAGUCAAGGACUGGAGUUCUUUUUUGGAGGAAAUUGCUGCCGAGAAAGAAAGGAACAUCCACCACUGCCCCAAUAAUAUUUUCUCCAAAAGUCACAGAGUCUCCACCUGAAGCCGCUUACUUUUUGCAGUAGCCUAAAGCAAAAUGGUCUGAUUCCUUUCUUCCAGCUGUAUCGCUUGUCUGCUUUCCCAUCUGCAGGUGUUUAAAGCAUAGCUUUGUGGCAAUGGUUCCCAAUAAUACCUAAAAUAUGAACCAUAAGUGAACAAAUUCCCUCUUUCUUUCAACAUAUACAUGUAUUUCAAUCAUACGGAUCACGUCAGGGAAAGAAAUGAACUAGAAACAUUUUCCCGUUAACUGUAAUUGGGCAGGUUCUGCUGGAGCUGACAAAUGAAUUCCCCAUAGUCUCUGUUUAACUCCAUCAUAUGUAAUGAGUCUUGAUAUUGUCCCUUGCCCCUUAUAACAGCCUAACGAUAAUAGAGUUAGAUAAAGCAUCUUCGUAUUUUUCUUGGCAGAUAUUCAAUGGUCUGGAUUAGCUACCCUUGUUCAAAGAAACUGUGUUCCAAGGACCAGCCACCAGAACAUUAAGUUCAUUAGUGAGCCCCUUUCCAG